AUGAAAACUGCCCCGGAACCAGCGAGUAUCCACGAUGUGGACGAGGAGGACAAUAUUCUCUGGCACAGCAAAAGAUCAGCAACUCCAGUCAUGAAGGGGCCGGUAAACUCGCCUCCCAGAAGCCAGAGCAGGAUCAACACAAGGACGCCGCAGAAAUGCAUUUUCGGCAAGUCUAUCUGCAGAGGGCCUAUCGAGAACGUGGUCAAAGAAUACGGUCUCAAUCGGGACUGUCCCCUCACGAUAUUCACCCGGAGCCAGGAUCAAAGCCGUGAGCGAAAUGAGAUUCCGGGGUACAGGUUCAGGAAAGUUUUCUUUACUGACGAGACAGAGAUCCUUAACCCGGAUGCGACUUACGACAGGGGCCGGUACGUGAGAUUGACUGCAUUCAUUUCUGAGAGAGAUGAGACGCACCCCGAUCCCAGGAUAUAUGUCGAACAACGUGUUUACCAGGGCAACCGGGAGAUGAUUAUGAUCCACGAAUUGAUAUUCGGUGGCACGAUCCACGUCGGGAUCGAGUACGUGUUCACAGCCUGUGGUGACGAGGAUAUCCACUUGGGGAAGCGCGACCUGAGGCUCACCAUUAAAUCUCUACAGCAGGAUAUCUUUGACGGCUACAUGCAUCGCGCGAAGUAUUACGGCUACGAUCGCAAAGAUACUGUUUUUGUCAGCCAGUACUCGCUCUGGCAUGGGUUAACCUACACCAUACGAAAGCUCGGCAGUGGUGAAGAGUCCCCGUACAAGGUCUUUCUUGAAGCCGAUGAUCUCCGGUCCCUCGUUGACGCAAAGUACAAGAUGGGAUCUGCUGCUGGUGCUAUCCCUGGUGAUGGGAUUGAACUGCUUAAACUGCGUUUUCCGGGAUAUGGAGAAUAUACUGAAGACAGAAUGGAUAGGGGUGACCUUGAUCUUCGAAUUGUGUAUAAGGCUUGAUGAUAGUAUCGCGCACUAUACUGCUGUACUACACUAUGUGUUAGGAGAACACUUUACUAAGUUAAAUUGUCGUUCUAUCACUUAUACACCAUGUCACUAUUGGAUAUACUGGUAGUACGUAGUAAAAUAUCAACAUUGCUGCAGUGCCGAUUGACCUCGGCAGGGCCGUCCAUGGGUGGACAUCUUUAUGCAGAAGCCUCCGUAUUCGGAAUCAACAGCUCCGGACAAAGCUUAGUUCGGGAUAGUGAAGAUGCAUUGAUAUGGAAAUGGUCGACAAGUGCGUUUCUACCC